GAGCUACGAUCGAAUGACUUAAAUGGCUUGCGACAAUUGUACGAAGGUAUAUCUGGGAUACGAGGACGAGUACGUUACCGACAAGCACCGAUCCUUGCUCAACUUUACGACGAACAAGAUCGGCGGGCAUCCAAACUGUUAUGGGAAGAAUACAUUAUCAUCGCCACAAUGCAGACUCUGUGGCUUAUAUCAGCUCUUGGCACUCCAAUUGUAUGCUCCGUUAGAUAAUUCAAAGUACCAUCGGACUUUAUAUAUAUUUGCAUGUAUCAACUCAAAUUGCUGGAAUCAAAAUGAAAGCUGGACAUGCUUGAGAAUACAGUAUUUAGAGGAUGAAGCUAAGACUACACCGGAUUCUGGAAGCGUUAAUGUACCAUCUACGACAGCUUGGUUGUCAGAUGCAGACGAUUGGGGAGAUAGUGUAAAUGAUAAUGCAUCGGAACAAAAUGGGAAUAACAUGUUAGAAAAUGAUCCGUUACAAUUUCAUUUUUCUCUGCGUAAAGAAAUAGACCAGGAUAUACGAGAGGAAUUGUCUGUACUGCGCGUGGAUGAUCCAAAUGCAAAUAGUCCAGCAAGCGUAGACUCCCCAGUUAGCGGAGGUGCUGUAGGUCGUUUAGAUUCUCCUCAAGCUUCAGCAGAAAUUGAUGGAGAUGAAAGCGAAGUCGUAUGCAUUGAUACUCCAACGCGACCACAAUGUGAUUUAAUUAGUUUACUGCACGAAGUAACUCCGUUGCCACUACAAAUUACGAACGCGGAAACCAAGUGUUCAUUCGUCGAAAUAUUUCUCUCGGUCGACGAGGAGGAUUGCAGCAUAGAUGUGUCUCAACACGUUCGAGACUUAGUGGUUGAAUAUCAGCAUAGCAAUCCGGAUGCAUCGACCAAGUUUACGCCAGAUUCCGGCAAUCCUAAAACCAUUGAAACAGACGUGGAAAAGUACGAGAAAAGCAUUCCUAAACACGGUGAUGAGAUGUUUCACAACUUCCUUUGCAGAAUACAGAGAAAUCCUGGACAGCUGUUACGCUAUUCAAGGGAAAAUUCUGCACCAUUACUGUUAUAUCCGCUAAGCGGUUGUAUCGGUAAAUGUCGGCAUUGCGGCGAUGAGAUGACUUUUGAGUUGCAAGUUUUACCGACGAUCAUACCAAAGUUAAUAUUAAAUCCAAGAAGCGAUCGGAAUUUCCAGAUCGAGUUCGGCACUGUUUUAAUAUACACUUGCGUUAGAAGCUGUUGGUCUGCGACCGAUUCAUAUCGAGAAGAGCAUGUCGUUGUUCAAGCUGAAAGACUAUAGUUGUAAAAUAUUAAUAAGAAAAGUUACGAGUGAAGCUAAGGUUCUUCCAGUGAUCCUAUACUAUAUAGAAUUUCAUAUUUACGUCUAGGACGACUAGUCAUGUUACGUCUGUAGAAGAAUACCGUCCACCUCUUCAUGUACACAUCAAAAGUCCUAUGUAGCGAGCGAUGGUUGAUAAUAGUAAAGGCGUUGCAGAGAUAUGUAUCUCGAGCUACAUUAAGCGAUGUGAUUCGCAAUUGAAAAAGAAAGAUUUUUAGGAAUGUCUGAUAGAAGAGAGUCUAGAAUAAGAGCAUUCAUUUUACUUUUCAUCUCGAUCUUAGUAUAUAAGUACAGUGCAAGAUACAACUGUACAAUUGCUACCGACAUAUAAAUACAAAAACCUCGAUGGAAAACGACGUGUAUUCCUUCUUGGAGUGAAUUCAUAUGUAUUGUACAUUUUUACAGUUUACUUACAAUGAUUAUCUUAAUUAUAUCAUAAAAAACAGUAGGUUG